GUAAUCCAACAGAAGAACCAGCCAUUUUGGAAUCAUUCCAGAUCGAUUCUGCUAAAGAUAAAAUGGAAUCAAUUGCAUCCAAAAGCCUGGCAUCUUUGAGUAUAGUAAUCGAAUUCAUACAAUAUUUGUUAGAAGAGCUAUUCUUAUCUGGUAGUCAACCUCUAAAGUCUAUAAAGUUUUUUCCUUCCAAAACCAUAGUUUCCAGUUCUAUAGAUAUUAAGAGGCUUGCCAAUUUAUUCUCCCAAGCAGAUAGUGCAAGAAAAAAAUUGAUCAUAGCAAAAUCUGAGGAUAAGAAACUUGCAAAUAAGACUGCAAGUACACAAAUUUAUGCUAAAAUAAAAUUAUACCUUACAGACAUUUCCGAUGAAUAUUUAUGUGUAAGAACUUCUAAGGCAAGAAAAAUUAAUAAGUUAUUUGGAUUUGAAUAUGAUUCUAUAACCUUAAACAAGGUCAAAUCGAAGAGAAUCACUGAUCAGAGUUGUGAGAACGAAAUUGCCUUGACUAUAGUUAAUAUAUCAGCUAAUGACCCUAACUCAAAUGAUAAUUUUA